UUGCUUUCUGCUGCACUUCUGUAUAGCGGCUCGAGCCCCACCUGCACUUUACGCAUGCUGAGGCAAAUGCGUGUCCAGGUGCUCACAGACCGCCAGUAUUACCGGUAUCAGGGUGCAUACCUAUUCCCUACGGUCAAUAAGGUAUACAAACAACAACAGCAGGGGCUCCUCGAGGACCUGGGCACCGACCCCACUUCUCUUGCCUCAGAUGGCAGGUGUGACUCGCCUGGCCACAGCGCAAAGUUCCUGACUUACAGGUUCUACUCUGAUAGGCUAAACAAAAUUAUACACUUUGAGCAAGUUCAGGUGAAGGAGUCCACGGAAGUGCAGGCUAGCAGCCAUAUGGAGAAGGAGGGUCUUGUGCGAGGACUGAAGUUUAUGGAGGACAACCAUGUCCAUGUGGCCUCUCUCACGACUGACCGGCACCCGGCCACAAAAAAGUACAUGCGCACCGCCAAGCCAGGCAUCAAACACUAUUUCGACGUGUGGCAUGUGUCGAAAGGCAUAAAGAAGAAGCUCUCAGCCUCCAGCAACACUGUAGCCACAAGGGACCUCAAACAGUGGAUACCAGCUACCGUCAACCAUAUAUAUUGGUGCGCUGCUGUGAGUGGUGGUGACGGUGACUUGCUGGCUGCCGUGUGGAAGAGCUCCGUAAAUCACGUGGCUAACAUCCAUGAGGGUCACGACCCCAGCUACCCACGUUGUCUGCACAAGCCCAACCAGGAGUCAGCCUGGCUUCAGCCUGGAUCUAUAGCACAUGCAAAGUUCAAGGCCAUUGUUACUGCUCCCCUCCUGCUGAAAGAUAUACCCCAACUGUCCCCUGCCAUGCAGACAUAUGGCUUUGAAAGUUUCCAUAGCGUGCUCAACAACUUCGCAAUGCAAUGCUCAUUGCAAGUGACUGGCAGCACAAAGGAUGGCACGAAUAUACCGCGUGUCCGACGAAAAUCUCUGCAGCCCAUUGUACAGAUAAAUCGAUAA